AUUGCAUUAGUGGACUGCGGGAAUGACGACAAGUGUGUUGCUAAUCUACACCUUAAAGCCACUGCAAACAUCUCGAGACUUCUCAUAAAAAGCAACCAGGAGAAGUUUUAUGUCAACAUCGACAUCCACAACAGCAGAGACAAUGCUUACAAUACUAAGGUUACACUGAGCCACACGGAAAAUAUCAACUAUGUGAAAGUUGAGCCCAAAGAUAAAGACUGUGAAACGAAUCCUACCAGAAUAGUAUGUGCAGUUGGAUAUCCUUUUCUUAAAACUGACAAAAAGGAAAGCUUCAAAAUCCAGUUCGAGCCCAAUCCCUUUCAUAUUCGUAAGGACAUUGUGAUCAAUGUUACUGCAACCACUGAUAGUGAGGAGUCGGAUUCAAACUUGAGAGACAACUUUGUGAGCAUCGUCAUCCCUGUGCAGCACGAAGCCAACCUGAGAUUCAGUGCAAACAAGUAUAUGAAGCAGGACCACAUCAUAUUUAAAGAGAAGGAGACGAUACCCAGCGUUUUCAACCACACUAGUGUGAUCGGGGAUGAGGUGAAAAUCAGCUACACGAUUGAGAGGGAUCCUGAAAUGCAGAGUCCUCCACUGCUGCUCAAGAUAAUGUUUCCAUAUCAAACGUCUGUCAAAAACUUUCUGCUGUACUUGACAGAUGUCAGCCACACAACGGGCAUCAGCUGUGAUGCCAGCAGACUGAUUAACCCUUUAGGCAUCAAGCCUGACAAGCCUUAUACAUUGAAUCCUAAAAAAGAGACCUUAAGUGUAUAUCUUUUGAGUUGCAAAGAAGAAGGAAAUCCCUGUGAGUCGUUUAGCUGCUCCAUCCCACCUGGAGACUUCAAGCAGAUCAACACCACUUUCAGAGUGUGGCGACCCACCUUCAUCAAAGGAGAAUUUUCCAACAUUCACAUGGCAGUCGAUGCCAAGCUGGAGAGCAAGGACACGGGCCUGUUUGUGUUAAAUGACAACGUCAAGAUCAGAGAGAUGAAGAUUCAAGUCACCAAAGACAUACGAAGUGGAAUCCCACUAUGGAUUAUAAUCCUUAGUAUUCUAAUAGGACUUUUAAUUCUGGCACUUGUCAUCUUUGCUUUAUGGAAGGCUGGCUUCUUCAAGAGAAAAUCAGUCGAGGACAUGAAGGAAGAUAUGAAGGACUCUAAUUGAAGCCUGUGGAUCUGUAGCCUCCACCCCUCAGGUCAACUCAUACUUCACCGCUAGCCAAGGUCAUGGAAAUCAUAAAGCAGAAGCAUCACCAGGAACAUUCAGAAAUAUGAAGAUCAGUCAUGUAGGACAUCUGGGUUCACAACUACUGUAUUGUAGAGCAUACCAAAGAGAACCCAGCGCUUUGCUUGACAUGUUGAUUUAUCUUCAUGUUGCUCACUGCAAAAUUCGACUGAAUGUGAACUCAAGUGAACCUCUGAGAUGCCACAAGAUUGGUGGACAUUUUGCCAAACCACGAGAGUCAAGCUUGAACAGCAAAGCACCAAAGGUUCAUCUUGUUUGAACGCGACAUUCCACCAACCAACCUCAGACCCUCAUCUGUAACCCUCCGACGGCAUUCAUCAUCAGCAUAGCAAGGAUCAGAAACCUGUCCUGGCAACAUCUACAGUGAUCUACAAUCCCGUAAUCAGAACCAUACACUUGUUAUUGGCAACAGGUUUAUUCCAAUAACUCACUUUUAGAGCUUGUUUUGAUGGAGCGCUGUACAGUGAUGUUUUUUAAAUCAAAGCAUUUGUUUUGAUUAGUGUUAUGGGCUAUGAAUAUUGUCACAUUCCUUUUUUUGUUCACAAAGCAAUUCUUUUGGCACUGAUGUUUUUCACGCUUUUUGUCUUCAAGUAUGAAGAGGAAAAGGUCUGUACUGUAAAUGUAAAGCUUUAAAGUGUAUAUAAAGUUAUGUUUGCAAUACCAUGUUAAUGAUAAAGUAAAGGCUUUAUCAAAAUUAUUACAUCAUCUGUAUUCAGUGUGAUACCUGUCUUGUUUUCUGAGGUAGAAAGCAUCUUCAUGCCCGCAGUAUUUCUCAGGUGUUCCAGAUGGGUUGCAGUGAAUGUCUGGAAUCAUUUUCUCAUUUGAUUUUUGCCAUAUGUAAAUAUUAGGAAAACAAUUACUUGACUGAAACAGAAACGUUAAAGAUAAAGUGUGUAAUUCAUGCACCUCUAUACCAGCACCAAACUAAAUA